AGAAGUGGAGAGGAUGAAAUCGGUAUAUAGAUAGAAACACAGAUAGAAAGAGACAGCCACAGAGAUCAGGAUUACAGGAAGAUUAGAUUAAAAAAAGAGAUGGAGAGACAAAAAAAGAUGAAGAAGUUCACACAGAAAUAGAAGAAGGUUAUAUGGGCAGAGCGUGGAGUGACACCAUCCAAGGCUUCAAACAAAGCAUCAAGCCGACGGACUCAGGAGUGGAGCAGAGACCCAUCAAGUACAACAAAAAAGACAAAAAAAAGAGGACAAGUGGCACUUAAGACGUGUGGGCACCCAAGUCCAAGAGGCUGGCAAGGCGGAACAGCUUUAAGGUGAAAACCGGUGUCAGGAGGGACAGUAAACAACGAAACACAGAGGUGUCUGAGAGACUGAAUUCUGCCAGCUUUUCAAAUUAUUUUAGGAGUUUUCCCAUGAUUCCACUGGGCUCUCUCGGCAUGCUCCCACUGCUGUCCCUGUGUGUGGGGGCCGUGUUGUCCCCCCCGGAUGCACCCCCCGCCUGUUCCCACCCCCCUUGCAGGGACAAUCUGGUGGCCGCUCCGCCUGCGAGGACAGGGUCAGGGGGGUGUGAGGGGAGCCCCGGGACGGCAGGCUGCAGGGUAGUGGUCGCCCCCCUGGCUGCCUCCAACCCCCCUCUGAGGGAGGAACACAGACAAGAAGUCCGACAGGUCCAGCUCGAGGCAUGGGAUGUGUCGGAGCGUCUGGUCCAGUUGCAGCGCUGUUUGCAUUCCCUCCAGGAGACGGGGGCCCCCAGGGGCCAGGGAGGGGACACGCUGGGGGCCAUUCUGGCUCUGAUGGCUGCAGUGCUGACAGAGUGUGACCUCCACUGUCACAGCCAGGCCCUCAGGGCUAUGGCCAGACGACUGGAGGGGGCAGCGGUUGGGAGAGAGGGAGUGAAAGACCUGCUACUACUAUUGAGAAGCAUCACACAACACCCUCCAACAGUGGCCCCCUCAGCGAGGCUGCAUCCUCAGGACUGUGCUGAGAUCUAUCGUUUGGGGAUCAAAGAGAACGGAAUCUUCACCAUCCAGCCUGACCCACGCAGACCUGCAGUCGAGGCAGAGUGUGACAUGGAGACGGCAGGCGGAGGGUGGACGAUGUUCCAGCGACGGAGAGAUGGCUCUGUGGACUUCAAUCGGACGUGGCAGGAGUACCGUGAGGGUUUUGGUUCCCCACAGGGAGAACACUGGCUGGGGAACGCAGAGCUGCAUGCUCUUACCAACACUGGUCAACACCUGCUGCGUAUUCAACUGGAGGACUGGCACAAGCAGAAACGCCAAGCCACCUACAACACAUUUAGAGUGGCAGCAGAGGCACAGAAGUACCGUCUGACAGCACGGGAGUACUCUGGUGACGCGGGCAAUGCCCUGAGCUACAGCAAACGCUACAACCACGACGGCCGAGCGUUCAGCACCAACGACCGUGACCACGACCGCUACACCUCGGGGAACUGUGCACAGUACUACGGUGCGGGCUGGUGGUUCGACGCCUGCCUGGCGGCUAACCCGAAUGGACGGUACUACCGCGGGCGUUACAGCGGGCUGACCAACGGCAUUUACUGGGGCACCUGGUACAUCCUGACAGACAGCCGCAGUGGAGAGCGCUACUCCUUUAAGAGUGUGGAGAUGAAGACACGCCCACGCAACUUCUAAUAAAGAAGAUGACUUGGGAGCAGAUUGAAAUGGGACAGUUGAUGUGAAGUAGCAAUCUGUAAAAUGUAGGCCUACUACUCCAUACUCUGAGCCAGGUUCUGUAUAUGUAAAUCUAGGGUGGGAACCCUAGCCUGGUCCCAGAUCUGUUUGUGAUGUGCCCCAGCUAGGGAAACCCUAAUCUGCUUGCAGAGUGUGUGAAGGUUAUUGUUAAUCAGCUGAUGACUGGAUAAUGUUGGGAUAGUGAGACACUAAAUCAGUUCUUCCAGGUGUAAAUAUAGUGCUAAAUGGAAAAGUGGUUAGAUGUCUCUAUCCUUAUUUAUAAUUCAAGUAUGUGUUGAAGAAGUUGAAUUACACCAUUAACCAGCAAAAUCUGUGACCCUAAAGGCUCAUGGGUUCCUCACGCCUGCUUCAUUUUUAUUCUCCAUAAUUCGAGCCAUAUACCACUCCGCAUCUUUUUUUGUUGUGAUAUUUAAACAACAGUAAAGUUUUCAUACAUACAGUAUGUUAUGUAAAUAUUUCCACAAAAAAUGAAAUGUAGACAUGUACAUUGACAAUCAUGGCUUUAGUAUAGAGAAAUUAUUCUUGAAAUUCAUUUCUAUAACAUUUCUAACCAAUGACUGAGUUAUUGUGUCUCUGAAUAUGCUUUAUCAGUAUUAUUUUGGGUAAA